AUGUUGAGGCGAAACAUAAGAUUGCGGAAGGAGUAUUUGUACUUAAAGAAGGUGGAGGAAGAGAAAAAAAAAUACGCAGAGAAGAUAAAGAGCGUAAAGAAAAGCUACAGGGAAAAUAAAAAGAUACAAGGGGACUUAAAGAAUGAAGAGAACGAAUUGAGAAAACAGAUGAAUCUGUAUGACGAAAAAGCAAUCAAUAAAAAAUUCGAUGAUGAGUAUUUCUUUUCUGGAGUUGAAAACCCACGUGUUUUAAUUACCACGUCGAGGAACCCCUCCUCUCAGCUAGAAUGUUUUGCAAAAGAAUUUAAACUUCUCAUUCCAAAUAGCGAAAAGAUAAAUAGAGGAAGUUAUUUCAUUAAAGAUAUUUUAAACUUUGCUAGAAAGAACAACAUCACGGAUGUUAUAAUUAUCCACGAGUAUAAGGGGAUUCCCCGAAAUUUAAUAAUUUGUCACUUACCCUUUGGUCCCACUCUCUUCUGUACCAUAAAGGAUUGCAAAAUGAGACAUGAGUUCACAGAUCAACUUGGGAGCGUGUCUUCGUGCAACCCUCAUUUAAUCUUUCAUAAUUUCAACACAGAUUUGGGGAAGAGAAUUAUGUGCAUUUUUAAGUACCUAUUUCCCCCUGUUAAAAUUAGGAUGAAUAAAAGGAAGCUUUCUAUCUCCAGGAGAAAGGCACAGGGUGGAAAUUCGAACGAAGAACAAACUGGCUUGCUCAUCACCAAUAGUGUGCAACACCAUACUCUGGAUGAACAGGACGACAAGGAGAACGAUGAAUUACAAAUAACCUUCAAAAAUAAUGAGUAUUUUGAUCUUCAGAAAUUUGAGAACAACCGAGUUAUAACUUUCUUUAAUAAAAAUGACGUCAUAUACUUUCGGCACUACAAUUGGGAGACUAAUGAAAAGGGCGAAAUUAUUUUAAAUGAAGUUGGCCCCCGAUUCAGUUUUAUCGUUUACAAAAUAAACAAAGAAGCGCUCGAUUCUCUGAAUGAGGAUUAUGAGUAUGUGUAUCGUCCCUUCUUAAAUUCGAAGAAGACUCAGCUUGCAUAG